GGGGGGAAUGGUGUAGUGUUGCGAAGCAGCGGCGAAAGCCUCGGCGGUGGCCAAGAUGGGGGCUCACCUGGCUCGUCGGUAUCUCUGGGAUGCCGAAGUGGAGCCUGAUCCGCUCCAGAUGCCGACCUUCGACAGCCACUACGGCUUUCCGGAACGGAAGGAACGCGUGAUGAUAGCAACACAGCAGCAGAUGAAUGACGCCCAGCUGCCUCUAGCGAGUCGGGAUUAUUGCGCCCAUCACCUCAUCAAAUUGAUGAAAUGCAAACGUGACUAUUACCCCAAUAUCUUUGCAUGCAAACAUGAGCGCCAUGACUGGGAUUAUUGCGAGCACCUGGACUAUGUCAUGCGCAUGAAAGAGUUUGAAAGGGAGAGACGCCUUCUGGCUAGAAAGAAGCGUAUUGAACAGAAGGAAAAAGCAGCAGCAGCAUCUUAACUGACUUCAGGGUGCCUCUCCAGGUUUCU